CCUCAUUAAUUUAGUAUUGUAUUCCAUUGUCAUCACCAUCAUCCAUCUUCAGACCAUCUCUUCUGCUCUCAAAAUAUAUAUGAGUUCGAAUUUUAUUUCCUUUUUUUUUCAGAAACUUCUGAUGUGUCUCAGAGUGCUGCAAAUGUAUCGACUAGACAGUUCGAUAGACUCCCAGAAGAAAUUUUAAAAAAAGUUGUAGCUAAUCUUGACCGCCAGAAUCCUGAACGAAGCAGGAGCGCAGAAGAACCAGAACCCGGCAUUUUUAAACGAUUCUUCAUGAAAAUAACGAGAAACAAGCCUACUAACAAAGAUGCACGCUUUGAACGUGUUGUUGAAAAUGUACCUAGUGAUGUAACAUGUAUAUGGGAUUAUGCAGGCCAAAUCUCAUAUUAUAUAACUCAUAGGUUUUUCUUGACAGAUGGAUCGUCAUAUGUCGUUGCUUUUAGUUUGUUUGAGCCUUUAAAUGAAUUGGCAAAAUCAAGAGGUCCACUAAAAGAUCUGUUUGAAAUGACUAAUCUCCAAAUGAUUAUUUUCUGGAUACGGUCAAUAUAUGAGCACGCUGUACUACAAUAUAAUGCAAUUACGAAAUUGAUAAAUGACACUAUAGCUUCACCCACAAUCAGUUUGGUUGGCACUCACAAAGACAAGUUAGAGGGAAGUGAGGAGAAUAAACAGAAUCAGAUUGAAGCAAUAUUCAAAAUAAUAUUUGAAGAAAUCAAAGGGAUGCCUUUCGAACUUCACGUUGACAGAACGAUGUAUGCUGUGGAUAAUACAUCAGCAAAUGACAAAGGGAUUGAAGAAUUAAAAAAAAAUCUCGGAGGUUACACAAAGCAAAUGGCAAAAAAAGUUCCCACAAAAUGGGUUGAUUUCCAGUCGAAAAUCCAAGAAGUCGGGAAAACAACACUGCACAUGUCCUUAGACGAGGUCAAUGAGAUUGCUGUCGAUUGUGGAAUUCCGAACGAAAACACCAUCCACAUUCUCAACUAUUUAAAUGAUUGCGGAAUCAUUAUGUAUUCGCCAACUAACAUGAAGUUGAAGAACACUGUGAUUACUAACGUCCACAUGUUGAUUGAAAUCUUCACGAAAGUAAUCACAACAGAAGAUCAGAGACCCGCAAUGAUGAAGUUAUGGCAUCUGCUUGAUAAAGGAAUUCUGAGUGAGACAUUGCUACGUCAUCUGUGGAAACAUGAGUUGGAGGAAGACGCUAGCAGCUUUGACAUUUUUGUCGAAUUGAUGAAGGUUUUUGGACUGCUCUUUGAGAAGCAAACGGUAAUUCAAUGCCUCUACUUAUCAUGUAUUAAACUACCUGGAGCAUCAACUGAAGACUGUUUAUGGUACAACAGAAGGGAUCGGCUACAAGUUACGCGUCUUGUGCAGCGUAUGUCAACCAACACAGCAACCUCAUCUGCAUGA